UGUUGUCAUUUUGUGCUUUUGCAGUUAUUUUGUGUGUAUUCAGCUUCUGUUUUUUCUCUUGUCGGUCCCUUUCAUCUCGCUGUGUUGUCGUAUCUCGUAGUGAUAGACGAGAUAAUUCUUUGGCGUCAUCUCACGUGUCAUUAAAGUAGUUUUGUGACUAUUUGUGCUGAUUGUGGUGUGUUUGCGUGCCUGUGAGGGUUGUUUUUUUGUGUCUAUUUGCAGACAUUUUAUAUUUGUGCUCAUUUUGCAUCUCUGUGGUUGAUUUGUGUGUCACUGUGUUCGUUUAGUGUCUCCGGUGUUUCCGUCUCUUUUGCAUUUAGUGUUUGUUUCGUGUCUUUCAGUGACUCUUUUUGGUUGUUGUGUUUUAAUUUUGCGUCUUUUUUGUCCAAAGUUCCACCUCUUUCUGUCUCUUUGCAGUAUUUUUGUCUAUUUGUGGUCCUUCUGCAUCAAUUACAUUUAAUUUUGCGUCUCUUUCUUAAAGCUGCCUUCCUUCUCUGGGUGUCUUGUGUGUCAUCAUUUUGUCCUUUUGCAGGUUUUUUUGUGCUGAUUUGCAUGUUUUUAGUUCUUUCUUUCUGCUUGUGUUGCUGUAUUUUGUCGUUUUGUGUCUCUUUGCAGUAGUUUUGCAUCCAUUCGUGUUUUUUCUGGAUGCAUCCUGAAAAGCUCCGUCUGCUUCCAUCACAUCAUGUGUCACGAUUUUGUCCCUUUGCAGCUGUUUUGUGACUCUUUGUGUGAAUCUUGCAUCUGAUUUUGUGUCUUUUUGGUCCUUUUGCAUCUACUUUUGUUCAUUUCGCGUCUCCCUGAACACAGAAACAUCAUCCACUCGUUUUAACCGCGUCGGUUGACUCGAGCCGCUCAGUUCGAGUCUGAACCGAGAGAAAGUCUCCUUAUUUAGCUUCCUGCUGCAGACGGCUUUCUGCGCGACCACAGGCUUUACAUGACAUUCUGCACAUCCACGUCUGUCACCUCCUCUGCUGAAACACGCUGAUGUGUGUGCUCUCGACGUUAUACGAAAAUACAGACGCUGCAAACGGACGAAUUUAGUAAGUUUCUCUGCAGACGCAUGCUGGUUCUGGAUGCAUAUUGGACGUACGUUUUGCAGUUAUUCACAGCCUCUCGGAGUAAACCAUCCAAGAACAGACUCGUUCUGCAGGCUCGAGGGCUGAAAGCUUCCCACGAUGCCUGCUUCCUCCAACGUCAGCGCCGCGGGAGCCGAGGGGGCGGAGCAAUGCAUCAUCAACGACCAGAUGGGCCCCUUCAUCGUCCUCUACAUCCUCAUCUUCAUCGCCGGUCUGCCUGGAAGCCUGAUGUCGCUGUGGGCCUUCACCUGCAGCCCCACGGACAAGCAGCAGAGCAGCAGGAUCUACCUGGUGAACCUGCUGGCUGCCGACCUGCUGCUGCUGUUCGCGCUGCCCUUUAAGAUCCUGAGUGACCUCGGGGGGCCGUGGAGCCUCAGGGUGUUCCACUGCCAGGCCAGCGCCGUCACCAUCUACAUCAGCCUGUACGCCUCCAUCGCCUUCCUCGCCUUCAUCAUCACCGACCGCUACAUGCAGGACUGUCAGUCUCUCCGGUCUCUGCGGCUGCAUGAAGUCGGCUUCGCCCGUCUGCUGUCGGUGGUCGUCUGGCUGCUGCUGCUGCUCAUCAUGGUGCCCAACAUGGCUCUGCCCACCAAGCAGGUCCAGGUGCAGCAGUAUCUCAAGUGUGCGUCCUUGAAGCAGGACAUCGGCCUCCACUGGCACGCUCUGGCCGUCUUCCUCUGCACGGCGCUGUUCCUGAACGCCUCCGCUGCCGUCCUCAUCUCCAGCAGCCUCGCCCUCAAACGCCUCCUGCGCAGCCGCAGCGACCCGAAGCUGUGGUCGGACGCCCGGCGGGCGGCGGCGAGCGUGACGGCGGUGGCGGCGGCCUACGUGCUGAGCUUCGUGCCGUACCACGUGGUUCGGACUCCGUACACUCUGGCGCAGACCAAAGUGAUCAACGACUGCAGCACCGUGAAGCAGCUGUUCCUGGCAAAGGAGGCCACGCUGCUGCUGAGCGUGCUCCACGUCUGCUUCGACCCGCUGCUCUUCUUCUGCCUCUGCUCGCCGUUCAGACGGACGGUGAGGAAGAUGACGUCCUGCUGCAGACGACAGGUGGACGGCGAUGAAGAGCAGCAGGAGGACACCGGGCAGCCGACGACCUCCGCCCUGCAGGAAGCUGCCGUCUGACCGCAGAGUUCACCAGAGAAUCCUGCAGAAAUAUUAAAAAACUCCAUCACUCCUCGGAGAGUUAGCCUAGCUUAGCACAAACACUGGAAGCAAAUGGAAAUCGUUAGCCUUCAGAUUUGCAGCAACUACAAGUGGACAAUAUGUAGGACUGCUGUGGUUUCAGAGUUCCUCCUCCUCUCUGGUUUAGCUGUUCUUUUAUAGAAUAGAACAGAAUAAAACUUUAUUUAUCCCUUCGGUACAAAACCUCAGAGAAAUUGCUAUUUUAUGCACCAAAUGUAAAUAUUAAACCAUUUCUGGGCUGAGCUGCCGGCUGUGUUUCAACAGAGGAGACGAGUGUACAAACAAAUUAAGAACAAGUUAAAUAUCUACAUCUAUUAACUGCAUUUUAUUUUGUAAAAUAAAAAAAGAACCUUU